GAAACUUUCAUUUCCACGUGUUUUGAUUUAUCGCGGUCCGGUGCACGAGACACAAGAGACGCUUUUCUGCUUUACUCUGAUUUACUCUGAUUUACUCUGCUUUACUCUGCACGAUGGUGUCUGAAUUAGCUCUGCUGAGUGUUUCAGAUAAAUGUGGUCUGGUGGAGUUCUCCAGGCGGCUGGUGUCAGUGGGUCUGUCUCUGGUGGCAUCAGGAGGAACCGCCAAGACUCUCCGAGACUCCGGACUUACUGUCAGAGAUGUAUCUGAGCUCACUGGAUUUCCAGAGAUGCUUGGAGGACGAGUCAAGACACUUCACCCCGCUGUCCACGCUGGGAUUCUGGCCCGACAAACUCCUUCUGAUAAAGCUGAUAUGGAGAAACUCGGGUUUAGUCUCGUCAGAGUGGUCGUGUGCAAUCUUUACCCGUUUGUGAAGACUGUUGCAUCCGCCGGUGUGACCGUGGAAGACGCUGUUGAGCAGAUUGAUAUCGGUGGAGUGACUCUUCUCAGAGCCGCAGCUAAAAAUCACGCCAGAGUGACGGUGGUUUGCCAUCCGUCUGAUUAUGACGUCGUCGUCAUGGAAAUGGAAUCGUCUGAGGACCACGACACCAAGAUUGAAACUCGCAAGACUCUGGCGCUGAAGGCCUUCACACACACUGCUCAGUACGACGAGGCCAUCUCCGACUACUUCAGACGAGAAUACAGCCGAGGGAUUUCCCAGCUGCCCCUGCGCUACGGCAUGAACCCGCAUCAAGCGCCCGCUCAGCUCUACACGUCACGGUCGGCUCUUCCACUGACAGUUGUCAAUGGAUCUCCAGGUUUCAUUAAUCUGUGUGACGCUCUGAACGCCUGGCAGCUGGUGAGGGAGUUGAAAAGAGCUCUUGGGAUGCCCGCGGCGACUUCGUUUAAACACGUCAGUCCUGCAGGAGCUGCAGUUGGCGUCCCGUUGAGUGAAGAGGAGGCCAAAGUGUGCAUGGUGAAUGACAUGAUCAAAGAUCUCAGUCCUCUCGCUACGGCGUAUGCAAGAGCCAGAGGUUCUGAUAGGAUGUCCUCCUUCGGAGACUUCAUUGCUUUGUCUGAUGUCUGCGAUGUCCCCACCGCCAAGAUCAUCUCUAGAGAGGUGUCCGAUGGUGUUAUUGCUCCGGGUUAUGAGGAGGAAGCGCUACGGAUUCUGUCCAAGAAAAAAAAUGGAAACUAUUGUGUCCUACGGAUGGAUCCUGAGUAUGAAGCAGAUGAAGAGGAGGUGCGGGUGCUGUUUGGUUUGUAUCUCAAGCAGAAGAGAAACGGAGCGCUCAUUGAUAAAGAGCUCUUGAGCAACAUUGUGUCCAAGGGGAAGCUCUCUGAAGCGGCUCUGCGAGAUCUCAUUGUGGCCAGCGUCGCAGUGAAGUACACUCAGUCCAACUCUGUGUGUUAUGCGAAGGACGGUCAGGUGAUCGGCAUCGGCGCCGGACAGCAGUCACGCAUCCACUGCACGCGGCUCGCAGGAGACAAAGCCGAUAACUGGUGGCUCCGGCAUCAUCCACGAGUGCUCGGAAUGAAAUUCAGGAGCGGAGUCAAGCGUGCCGAGAUGGCCAACGCCAUCGAUCAGUAUGUCAGUGGCACGAUUGGAGAGGGAUCAGAUCUGGAUCUCUGGAAAGCUCUGUUUGAGGAGCUCCCUGAGCUUCUGUCAGAGGUGGAGAAGAAAAUCUGGAGAAGUUCUCUACAGGCCGUGGCUCUCAGUUCUGACGCCUUCUUUCCAUUCCGGGACAACGUUGAUCGUGCCAAACAGAGCGGUGUGGAGUACAUUGCUGCUCCGUCGGGCUCUACUGCCGAUGAGAUCGUCAUCAACGCAUGCAAUGAGCUGGGCAUCACUUUAGUGCACACUAACAUCCGUCUGUUCCAUCACUGAUGCUGUGGUCAAACUAGACGUUCUGGAAGCUUCUCAGAGACGUCUUUCAUAUCUGUUACGUUUGUGCUCAUCAGAGCGAGUCUAGUGCCGUUGUUUGAACCGUUUAAAUCCGUCUGAUCCUCAAAGCAUAUUCACAUUUCUGCAGCUCAAACAGUCAAGAAUCAUUUUCCAAAAGAAGACGGUUUCAC